AUGAACUCCCUUACUAUAUUCUCGAUGACCAUCUUGGUGGCUACGACGUUGGCUGCGCCCUUCGCCGUGCCCCCUCCUUUGUUGCCUCCAGGCUUUGAUGAACUUCUACCCUCCGAAUCCAAACAGAAGUUGAUGGAACUUCAUUUGAACCGUGAUCUGACCUUCGAGCAGCGCCGUGAAGCCAUCGAACAAGUCUUUGACGAGUUGCCUCAGGAAAUUUUGGCCAAGCUCCCUCUUCCUCCAGGACUUGAGAGACUCCCAGAAGAACAUAAACAGAAGUUCCGCAACCUUCAAAUGGACCGUUCUAUGACUGCUGUUGACCGUCAUAACAAAGUCAAAGAGAUGGUCAGCCAACUCCCAGAAGAGCUCCAGCAGGUCGUAAACCCUCCGGCUGGAAUUCCACCGAUGGUGCGUGGCUUUCCAUCUCGCCCACCACCCGGAUUCGAAGCCAUUGUUGGGCCUUCGGUCUUCAAACAAUUGGUCAAGGUCCACGAAAGCACCGAUCUUACGGUCCCUGAGAAGAAGAAUAUGAUUGACCUGAUCAUGAGACAAGUGCCUCGUGCCCAACUGGAGAAACUCCCUUUGCCUCCAGGAUUCGACCUUCUUCCAUUUGAAGCCAUCCAAAGAGUCCGAGCAAUCUUCACCAACUUUGAAAUCAACUGGGAUGAGAGACAUCGUCUUGUUAUGAACUUUAUUCAACAACUUCCUCGCGAACAACGUCGUCUUCUCCGUCCCUCACCUCCUCCAUUCAUCAUGGAACUUCCAGUUGAGGUCAGAGAACAGAUCGAAGAUAUCUUUGAUGACGUUGCUUUGAGUCCACCAGAAAGAUUCCACAAGAUGAGACUGGUCUUCCAGAGUUUGCCUGAGGAAAUGAAGGCUCGUCUUCCUCCUUUGCCAGACAAAAUGCCUCCUCCACCACCAAUGAUGACCAGCUUGUAG